AACCAGCUAGUAGGCAAUAGGCGUAGCUAACGUUAGCUUCACCCGAACCGAGUAGCUGUGACCACAGGGACAGGAUCAACGAUUGCGCCGCUGUAAACGUGUUUUCAAGCGAACGACGUAUUGAAGACACCAGCAUGAAUAGUUUCAGUAGACCAGACAGACACAGGACCCCGCCGUUCACCAGGGCGCCACACCUGGGAGCAUCCAAGCAUGACCUGGAAAGAGAUUCAGGCUUCUCAGAUGCCAGCUCCGAGUACCUCAGUACAGUCGAACUGACCGACUCUGAGGAUGCAGGAAGGAAUGGGUCCAUCGUAGGCCAGGAGCAGUCUGGUCCGCAGGUGGCUGUGAUGGGAGGCUCAUACGCUGGACUGUCUCCGAUGAUCAUCAUGAACAACUUUGUCUUAAAGCAGCCAUCCUCCAUGGCCCCAGCCGAGAAGCAGUGGGGCUUUCCUUCACCCUUGGAUGUGAUGCCUCAAUCACAGUUGGUUCUUCUUCAGCCAAUGGUAUCCAACGGCAACAGCAGCUCUCCUCCUAAGGCGAGUGCUGAAAAUACCCGACAAUCAAAAAACUACAUGCCCAUCCUCAAGUCGUAUCCCAGAAUCGCCCCACACCCUGUGGACACACCCACCAAGAGGGUGGGAUCCUCCAGGGUGAGAGGGAGUGCAACGUCAGGAUAUGACCAGCGACAGAGAAGGCACCAUCAUGGCCACAGGCCCUACAGCUCCCCCAGCCCACUGCCAGCGCUGCAGACAACAGCUCAACCCAUCUCCAACUUUGAAGCAGCAACCAACCAAGCACAGGCAGCUGAGAGUCAGGAGCAGCUCGCUGACAAGUCUCUGUCUGCACUGGUAGGAAGCAGCUCUCUGCUCUCCUUCUCAGAUGAAUUCAGGACUGUAACAGACAGCAACGAGAUGCCUGCUGACAAAUACCAGGACGUCGUCUCGAUGCACAGCAACAAACUGAAACGUUUCAGCAACACCUACAACAUUCUCAACAAGUCUGGUUUGCUGGGGAUUACCAUGCGCACGAAGCAGCUGAUCAAGGAGAAUAAGCGUACCCAGGGCCAGCUGCAGCAGCUUCAGGAGCAAACGGCUCUGCUGCUGGAGGCUCUGAGCAGUGGAGACCCGCAGCUCUGGACUAAACUCCAGCUCUCUCUGCAGGACACAGAGAAGGAACAGUGGGGGGCUAAUGCUCAGAGAGUCCUGGCAUAAUUUGUGGACAUGACCAGCAGUUCUGAAUCUGGGUGCUGGAGGAUCAGCCUCGAGGUUUCAAGGUGAUGUAAUGAAUGUGAUAAAUCAACAAAACGAAACUAAAUCAUGAGCUUUUACACUUUGAUCAGGGUGUAUUAGUAAUGAGUACUUUUCUACAGGCAAGUGAGGAAGCCAGAAACCUUUAGAACUGCUGGUUUAAGAUGAAGCUGAAGCACAUCCACCGUUAGGAAGUGGAGGUUAAGAAGCAUGCUUGUAUUUCAAACCCUUGCCUAUAAUGAAUUUUCUUGCCUCUGCUGUUUCAAAAAUAGCAAGUAUCACUUGCAAUAGGGCUAUGGCUUCUAUACAUCCAACUCCUAAUCGACAUUUACGCAUGCCUUACAGCACACGUGAAGACACACAUGGGAUUAAAUCCUCAGCCAUGGUAUGGCUGUAGAGAAAAUACAAGCAUAAUUUGUACCUUUUUAGAUCAAAUAGAAAACCUGAUUGGUACACGUCCAUCAUGCAUCUUUAAUCAACAGGUCAGUGUCUCGUCAGGUUUUUCUAUAUUCUUUGUUUCUGAAUUGGAGCAGAUGCCUUUUUUGUUAAGUGUGUUUACUGAAGGAAGGCUCGCUAAAGCAUAACAUAGAUUUUAUUUUUUCUAAAUGUAAUUUUAUUAUUAAGUGUCAGUAUUAUUUAUUUGUAAUAAUGUUUCUGACCAAGAUUAAAGCUGUGUGAAUAAUGUAAACAAAGCAAGUUUAUUAUUUUAAGGGUUUUGCCAGUUCAGUGAGCUUCUUCUUUGGAAAGACGCCUGUGGGGAACUACGUAAGAAUUUAGCGAAAGCUUAAAUUGUAGCAAGUGAAGUGCUGUAGCCAUAUAUCUGUCAUGCCUUCGGUUGGGAUCUGUUGCAGCCAUGUUCAUUCCUCCUGUAGUUUUACGCUUAGUAUGACGUAGUAUCGACGGAAAGUUUUAGACAAAGAAAUAACACCUAAAUGUUUUGGAUUAGUUUCAUAUUACAGAUUGUUGCACUUUAGACACAAGAUUACUGACUUCAAGAUGAGCGUCAUGACUUGAUGAGAUAAUGUGAAUAUAAGCGUUUAUCUGGAUGCCUGUGCCUUUUAAGUAUGUUUGUACUUCAUAUCAGUGCUUGAGCAGCUUCUGUGUUUCUUUUUGAGCGUCUUGUGGAAGAAAGCUGAAUGUACCUAAAGGUCUCCAAAGA